CCGCCUCACUCGCGUCGUCCAAGAAGGGACCUGAAACCUGGAACCAUGUCGACGCCCCAUCCCUCCGUCGCCUCCUUGCGACUCCGGCGUUCCAGCAUCAGCAAAAACCUUCACCACGACAGCCACGGCUUCGCGGGCUGCCCCUCGCUUGGUGUACCGCUUGUUCUUUAUCCUCGGGCCUUGCAAAAUGCGGCUCGAUGCCACCGCUCGACGGUUUGGGCACUCGCCAUGCCAUGGUCAACAUAUCACAUUCCGCAUUCUUCGAGGUGUCGUCCCCGGGACGGCAUUUAUCGCCAGGAGCCCUGCCGUAAACGGGACUUGCACACGGCCAUGGCCAGGACAGCCCCGGCACUACGAAAUAGUACGGGGGCUCGGCAAGUACAAGGACGUUGAUGGCUGCACAACAUCGCGGGACCCCAAGGGGAUGGGCGAUGAGUCCACAUCGAAAUACCCACAAGCACGCGCAACCUUGAGCCUGGCCGUCUGGGUCUGGAGCCUCGCUCACAUGCCACCCCCCUUCUCACGCCCCUCCUCUCUUUUGGGCCCCGGACCCUUGUCUCCUGGGACGUCCCCCGAGUUUGACGCCCUCACUCAGAGGGCUGAUGAAUCCGGCUCAGUUUGUACCGGCGUUCCGAGCCUGACCCUGCCUGCCUGACGUCGCGGCGGGCGUGGAAUUCUGGACGGCCACACCAACGAGAUCCACGAUUCGAUGCUCGCCUGUCGUGCCCUGUGGAUUCCCUCCCCCCAAAGGUACCCCCCCGUGCCUUGCGAGGCCGCGCAGAUACCUGUCCCAGGGCGGAGGGACCCCCAGGGAAAACGCCCUCCACAUUCAAAGUACACGCCUUUGCCCUCUCCCGCUUCUACACGCCUUGUCCGGACCGUUGUCUGUUUUGUCUUGGCUGGUGCCCUGACUCUGCUGGCCCAUGUAUCUGACGGACUGGUUCCGUACCCCUCCACUUGCUCGCAACAAACCGCCGUAGGCGUCCCCGUCGUCAUCCUUCUUGAAAUCGGCCUUCCCGUGGAUUUCGUCGCCUUGCGAACUCUCCCCGUCUUCACUUGCGUGCCUUCACCCCAGUCGAUGCCCUUGCCGAGCCCUCUAGGUGGCCUAACAUUCUUUGACCUUGUCCACUCUUUUUGACCCAUACUCCCCAUCGGAACAAACAUCUUAUAUCAACAGUAUUAGAGCCGGCUCUUCGUCUUCUUGCCGAACCGGCCGUUCGAUCAUUAUCCUGUUCCCAAACCACACUCCCUGUGAGGACAUCAUCAAGUCAUUGCCUCGUUCUUUCCAGGAUCUAACGCUCCCUGUGGUCUCGCCAUUUCCUCGCGCGCACGCACAACAAUUUUGUGCCAUUCACCCUUCACAUUCCUUCUCCAGACCGAAUAUAGUCCUGCCUGGCUCUUCAGAAGCGCCAGCGCCCCCCAACCACCUCCCGAGACGUCCACGAGCUUCAGUCGAGGUAUCUCUUGGUCAUCCUCGCAUACGCACUGCGACCCCGGCCGCCGACCUUUUUCUUGACUGUUCCUCAGAAGUUCGCUAGCUGACUCCCUCUACCCCGCUUGGCUCCUGCCCGUCUGCUUUCAUGGACGGCGAACAGGUCGAAGGGAGGCAGCAGAUGCGGCCACACUCAACUUAUUAUCCCACCUCGGAAGCCCAUAUAUACUCACCCGAGCCCGAUCAGUCGACGCCCAUGUCAAUUAUGGAGACUUCCAGCGUUCCAACGACCGAAGCAAUGAUGUCCGUCAGUCCCGCCUGGCUCACACCGCCAACAUCGCAGCCCCGACAGCGGCCCGAGUCCAUGUAUCAGGACGGCAUGUCCUGCUGUUCAGGCGACGACUGCACUGCGGUACAGAGUUGGAACUCGCUGUCUCCGCAUCCAGAGCCCGAGGAUGUGAGAUCACGCCCUGUCUCAGUGGGCCAAGAAGGGCUUCCUCUCAGUAUCACGAGCAAUGAUCACUGGACGCAAAAGCCGUGCGACGGAUCUCUUGACUUUCAAGGACUAGAAGUCGAUGGGCCCAUCGGACAGGCUUACACAACAGAUGAAGCUGUCCCGAUCAUCGACCUGAGAUACCCGAAUGUAGGGCAUGACGGACAACCGUUGAGCAUCGAAGACGGUAAUCAUAGAGGGAUAGCUGGCUCGUCUCCACCAACGUCCGCCGCUGUGUCCGAUAUUCAAUCGUAUGAUGAUUUUUCGACAGCCCUCUCAGAGGCCACAUCAUACGGCUCCGACUACCUCUCGACGUCGAAUCGCAACUCCAUCAUGUCCUCAAUGCAGGUGUCACCAGCACCGUCACCGCACAUGACUCCAGGGAGGCCCGAACAAGUCCGAGCACAAAGCCGGGGCCGAGCUUCACCAUCCCCUCGGCCCAGUGCACGAUCUGUCCCAUACAGUCUUGAUGGAGCGAAGGGACAAAGGUGGUCGACAGGCUCGUACGCUCCAGGCCAGAAUCGGCGACACUCUCCGUUCGUCUCCCACGGCCCGACCGAGGCAUACAACGCACCCCAGCGCAUGUCCUACACAGAGCCUGCCCCGGGGCCCUUCCCCACGCACCCGGCAGCUUUCGGUAACAGCGGCUAUCCGGGUGCUCCUCGAACGCCUUUCAUGAUGGGUGGACAGCCACUGUAUCAAGGGAACAACAUGUUGUUGCCGUCUCAUUUGCCCCCUCAGCCUUACCAUCCAGAUAUGCGGCAUCUGGAGCAGCCACCACCCUUGCCAUCCCAGGGACUCUUCAAGAUGCUGCAGAGCAACGGCGACCCUCACAACCUCCAUGGGCACUACACGGAUUUGUCGGAACCCCCUGAUUUGUUUGCGUCGCUACAAGAAGAGCAGAUUCCCCCGCCGGAGGAAGACAUGCACCCUUCUGACGCGGACAUGAUUCCCUAUGAGCAAGAUCUCCGGUUUGAAGGCGACCUUUACACGCCAAGAUGGGUGCGCGGCCACGGCAACAAGCGCGAGGGCUGGUGCGGCAUCUGCAAGCCGGGAAGAUGGUUGGUACUCAAGAACUCAGCGUUCUGGUAUGACAAGUCCUUCACGCACGGCAUCAGUGCGGCUACUGGGAGUCCUUUCCAAGAGCCGCUCGAGACCAGACGUAUGGAUGGCAAUCCGGACGUUUGGGAAGGCCUCUGUGGCAGCUGCAACGGAUGGAUUGCCCUCGUGAGCAGCAAGAAGAAAGGAACCACGUGGUUCAGGCACGCCUACAAGUGCCACGCCCACCCGAAGGUCAAAGACGUUCCAAAGCGGCGACGCGAGACCAACCAUGGCCGAGGCAUGGUGGCCCAGCAGCCGGCAAGGUUCAGGCCAGAUGCGAACCGCCCAGAGACGCCGCAGACGGGUAGCGCACCUGCGACGUCCGGGUUCGACAUGCCUACAUCGAUGCCAAUGCCUCUAGCCUACGGACAAGGGCAGUUUCGGCCCCAAGGGCCGCUAACCCCUGUUCCUACCCCUGGACCGUUGAGGGGGCCGAGCUCGAGGUUACCAGUCUCGCUGUCCACCGCCACAGCUGGACUGACGAACAUGAUUUAGUGGUUAAUGUCUUGCGGUCUAUCACCUCAUGAGCUCUGUGUCGGCAGAAUCGUUACGCUGCUCGACUUUCAUUUAUUCAUUUUCUUUAUGGGAAUUUGGCUCGAAGGAGGAGCGCAAAGGAUGGAGUCUCUGGAUCUAUAUAUGUAUGCCCCAGCUUCAAAUCGCCGGGUGCAGAAAGCCGUUCAGUUGUGCCUGGCUUGCAUUGGGCAAGGAAGAUGCUUUGCUCGUUGCUCCUAAAACCCUCCGCUCUGCUUCUUGUGGGACGCCUGUCGAUAUGCAUGAUGAAAGGGAACCUUGGAACAGCUAGAGACGGCGCAGAAAGGAGUAUUUGUGGCGGUUGUAGAAGCUAACUGCCCGGGAUCGGAGAAUGUCAAGAUUUCUUGUUUCUUUUUGCGCCCAUGAUGAGAGCCAGUUGCCCCGGAAUACUUGGGAGUCAGGCUGUGGCGGCCGGCUCCGCAAAGAUGCUCGUGGGUGAACGACGCGGGAGUACCUAGGUAGCAUUGCGACGACGGAUAUGCCGCCGCCGCCCGGGGGGAGGGGGAUCUGCGCUUACUUCUGCCUCGUCUUCCUUCUUCUUCCCCUGUUUUUUUACGUUUUGGUCGAAUACGAUGAUGAUGAUGCAGGCUAUAAUGAGACGAGAUAUGGGGCCAGGGCUUGGGUGUGCGCGUGGUGUGCCCUGCUCUUGAUUUGUCGGUGCCUACUACUGGUGUGGACGUGCGACUUCCUCCAGGGAGUGGCCUGCCUGUCUGUCGUCUGAAG